CUGACUCGAGGGAAGUCUACUUCAAGUCUUCAACAGUCCACGGUAACUGCUUUAGCAAAACCUCUGUUUUUAUAGCACUUACCCAUCUCAAGCUCUGUAAUUAUUGCUCGCGACACUCGUUUCAAGCCGUAGCCGAGAGAGGUUGUGUUUCUUUUCCAUUUCAAUGAUAGAGUGAUGUUAAAAGUGAAACCUUCAGGAAGAGGUAAAGGAAGUUUUCUGUUAUGCACUUGGAAACUUCAGAUCUGCUAAGUGAAGCUGUUGAAUUCAUAACUUCAACAUGCUGUGAUGGGUAAGGAAGACUUAUCACAAUCCAUCAAUUGUGAAGUUGGUGGUGCAAGUCACUCACUUUCUAAGAGUCAAGACUCGGGGGAUUAUACACGUUAUAGUCUAGACAAAGAGACAGGUGCAGCAACUUGUCGGGUGUGCCAAUGUACGGAAUCUGACAAAAGUGGAGAUGCUGUUUUGGGAUUUUUGGGCAUCAUUAUUCCAUUGAAAGAGUCUUGUGAAAGUGGUGGAGCAAUAAAGCUGCAAAGCAAAGAAGUGUCCAUACACUCUGAAAACAAUGAGUUCCAUAGCAAACACGCGGGAAGAGAAUUUGGAUACGUGGAGUUUGUUAGCCCACAGGGAGAGGUUUUCAUUUGUCGUACAGAUCUGGAAAUGGGUUCGUGUCACCAGCAAGACUCAUUAAUUGAACUUGGUUGCUCUUGCAAAAAUGAUCUUGCUCUUGUACACUAUGCUUGCGCGCUAAAAUGGUUUGUUAAUCAUGGAUCCACUAUUUGUGAAAUCUGUGGAUGUGUAGCAAAAAAUAUCAGAAUGGUGGAUUUUAAAAAGGUUUUGGUUUCAUUGAAGGAAUAUGAAGCAUUAAGGGAAAGGACUGCCACUGGUGAUCCCAAUCCUGCUCGAGUGCAGACAAGUUUAGGUGUGGAUCCUGAUGCUGUUGCUGCUAUUAGGAGGCAACAGCUAAGUGAGAUUUCAAUGUGGUUUAGCCCACACAAUAAUAGUGAUCACAAUAAUUCUAGUUUAGUUUCACAGGUUGUUUCUGAACAACCUUUGAAUACUGUUAUCGAAGAUACUGUCCCUCCUGAGAAUCUUGCAACCAAAUGGGCUGUGGAAGGUACUGGGAUUUUGCUUGCUACUGGGCUGCUUACUGUUACUUUAGCAUGGCUCAUUGCUCCCCGCGUAGGAAAGGACCUUCAAACUGGAAAGAGGAUUGGCAAUGGUAGACUGCACGACGGCUUAUAUUUGUUGGAGGAGAAUCUGAGUUUGAAUUCACUCCAACUCUUUUUGGAAGAAAUCGGGAUGUCAACCAGAAAAUCAUAUUGUGGCAUUGACGGAGAGAAGAAUGAUAGAGAAGAGAUGAUUCCUAGUCCUAUAACUCUAUAGCGUUUUACUCUAGAGGAGACUAUUAUAUAGCGGAGACUAUUGGUGAUCAUAAAAAGAUUUGGAUAGACCAGAUUUAAGGAGUUACUCAAAAAGAGAUGCAACAGAAGCAGAAAAAGCCAUUGCCUACUUAGCAUCAUGAAUCUUCCUCUUCUCUUCUCUUCUCCAUUUGGUGAGUCAUUUCUAAACUUUGAGUCCAUUGAUGAUAUAAAUAAACCAAUUGCUCAAAAAAAGGAGUUAGGUCUUGCACAAAGUACUCUAUUUCUAAUUUGCUCUCAUGAUUUUUUGUUUCUAUCCUAUAGAGCCUUUGCCCUGUCUAUUUCGUCUGUGUCUAUUCCACAGGAUUGGAAGAAAACUCUCAAAGAUUCUAAUUGGAAGGGAGCAAUGACUGAAGAAAUGAAAGCCUUAGCUAAAAAUGAGACCUCAGAGUUGAUAUCUCUUCCACUUGGAAAAAAAUCAGGUGGCUGCAAAUGGAUGUGCACUGUGAAACACAAAACUGAUGGAUCAAUUGAAAGAUUCCAGGUCAGAUUAGUUGCUAAGGGCUACAUAGAUUCACCAGGAGACAUUUGCCCUCUGUUGCCAAAAUAAAUUCAAUCAGAGUAUUGUUAUCUUGCGCUGUCAAUCUUGAUUGGGACCUAUAAUAAUUUGAUGUGAAGAAUGCAUUCAUCCACGGAGACUUAGAGGAGGAAGUGUAUAUGGAAAUCCCUUCUGGAUUUACUUAUGAAAAAACACAAGAAAAGGUGUGUAGGCUAAAGAAGGUUUUGUAUGAGUGGAAGCAGUUACCCAGAGCUUGGUUCGAUUGAUUUAGUAGAGCUAUGAUUUUUUUUAGCUAUCAAGAGAGUAAUGCUGACCAUACCCUAUUUAUUAAUCGCAAGGGUAAAAUUAUUCUUCUCAUAGUCUAUGUUGAUGACAUAGUAAUGACAGUGGAUGACAUUGAAGAGAUGACUCGGCCAAAGAAACUUUUGGUUCAGGAGUUUGAAAUUAAAGAUCUAGGAAAACUUUAAUAUUUCUUUGGCAUCGAGGUUGCCAAAUCAAAGAAGGGAAUAUUUAUUUCUCAGAGAAAAUACAUUCUUGAUCUUUUGGAAGAAACUGAUAUGUUAGGCUGCAAAACAACAAAAACUCCAAUUGAGAGCAAUCACAAGCUACAAGUUGUGAGUCGUGAAUCAGUGGAUUUGGCAGAUAUCAAAGGUUGGUAGGCAGACUGAUUUAUCUUUCGCAUACUCAACUAGACAUAGCAUAUGCAGUCAGUUUAGUCCGUGAGUUUAUGCAUGAUCAUUGUGAGUCUCACAUGCAAGCUGUUUUUCGCAUUUUGCAAUACUUGAAGUUUGCUUCUGAAAAAGGUCUCCUAUUCUCUAAACAAGAUCAUCUCUGUAUACAUGCAUUUAUGGAUGCAGAUUGGAUUGGAUUCCUUGAUAAUAGGAGGUCGACUAGUGAUUAUUGCACACUUGUGGGAGGAAACCUUAUCACUUGGAGAAUAUAGAGUGAUGACAUAAGGUAUUUGUGAACUCCUAUGGUUGCAGAGAUUGUUGAAGGAAUUGAAAUUGUUUGAGAGGGACAAACUCCUCUUGUACUGUGACAACAAAGCUGCCAUCAGUAUAGGUCACAAUCUGGUUCAACAUGACCGAACAAAGUAUAUAGAGAUUGAUCUGACAUUUCAUUAAAGAGAAGUUAAUAAAUGGUAUCUUGAGAUUAGAUUAUGUAACUUCCGAUAAACAGCUAGCUGAUUUGUUUAUCAAAGGGCUAGUAACAAGGCCUAUCACACUUUGGUUUGCAAGUUGGGCAUGCGUGAUAUCUGUGCGCCAAUUUGAGGGGGAGUAUUGACCAAUAUAGAAGGUUCUUAAUUAGGAGGAUUCAGGUCUUUAGGAUUUUAAUUAGACUUGAUUACAAGACUUGAUUAUAGGGAUUUUAUUCUUAUUGUAAAUAUUCCUAAUUUAGGUUGAUUUUUUGUGUAUAAAUACUCAAAUCUUGUAAAGAUCAAUUCAAUUGGAAUGGAAUAAAAAAUUCCUCCCAAAAUUUUUCAAGUUAAUUGUUAACUUUAAUGUAUAAAACAACUUUUUUCCAGAGUUGAGAUAAUAAAUGAAGUUGGUUUGUUGACAUGGUGCUUUUGAGACUCCAAAACGAGAAAACUAGCAAAGGAAAGACAAUAGGAGCAAAAACUUAUGGAACUUGGCACAACUCAUGCCCUAGGGUGUAUUACAGUAGAUUAACACACGCCCACAGGCAUAUCUUAAGCAACUGAUGGAGUUUAGGGAGAAACCAGGGCAUGAUGUGAAAUAGGGAGUGUUUCUCUUGGGACAACAAUUUCAACAACUCCAAAAACAUGCUAAACAAAUCUCCAAGUGGCUCCCUUGAAGUCUGAAUGUAAUCUAGCUUCUUUUCGAAGAGUUUGACUUUUAGUUUCCAAAUUAGUUUCUCUUGCUUUCCUAUCUCACUUGGAUUUGUCCUUUAAGAAUAGAUUGGCCAAUUGUGGCAAUGGUUCUACAACUACCUUUUAGGAGCCACUCCCACAGUUUGAUCCUCUUAAAGGGAUAGUGACCCCAGAUAGGACUAAGAGGGUGUUUGGCCAAGCUUAUAAGUUGGUCAAACCAGCUUAUAACUCUAAAACUUAGUUGAUCUGAUUGAUUAUGAUUUCCUUUGGCUUUCAAUAGAGCAAUGAUGAUCAUACUCUAUUUAUUAGACAUCACAAGAGUAAAAUUACUCUUAUCAUAGUCUAUGUUGAUGACAUAGUAAUGAUAGGGGAUAACACUGAAAAGAUAACUCAGCUGAAAAAGCUUUUGGUUCAAGAGUUCGAAAUUUAAGAUCUAGGAAAACUUUAAUAUUUCCUAGAAAUUGAGAUUGAUAGAUCAAAAAAGGGAAUUUUUAUUUCUCAGAAGAAAUACAUUCUAGAUUUUUUGAAAGAAACUGGUAUGUUAGGCUGCAAACCAGUAGAAAAUUCCAUUGAGAGCAAUCAUAAGUUACAAGUAGGGAUUGGUGAAUCAGUGGAUAUUGGUAGAUAUUAGAGGUUGCCUUGGUAGGCAGAUUGAUUUAUCUUUUGCAUACUCUAUCAAACAUAGCAUAUGCAGUUAGAUUAGUUAGUCAGUUUAUGCAUGAUCCUCGCGAGUCUUCUAUUCUCUAAACACGGUUAUCUCCGCAUAUACGCAUUCACAGAUGCAGAUUGAGCUAGAUCUCUUGAUGAUAGGAGGUCGACUAAUGGUUAUUGCAUCCUUGUGGGAGGAAACCUUAUCAUUUAGAGAAGCAAAAAGCAAAGUGUUGCUCGAUCAAGUGCUGAAGCGAAAAAUAGAGAUGGCACAAGGUGUUUGUGAACUCCUAUGGUUGCAGAGAUUGUUCGAGGAAUUAAAAUUGUUGGAGAGGGAUAAACUGCUCUUGUAUUGUAAUAACAAAGUUGCCAUCAGUCUAGCUCACAAUCUAGUUCAACACGACCGAACAAAGCACAUAGAGAUUGAUCGAUACUUUACUAGAGAGAAGUUAAUAAAUGGUGUCUUGAGAUUAGAUCAUGUGACUUCCAAUGAACAGUUAGUUGAUGUGUUUAUCAAAGGCUCAGCAACAAGACUUAUUUCAUCUUGGUUUGUAAUUUGGGCAUGUGUAAUAUCUAUGCACUAACUUGAGAGGGAGUGUUGAGUAACAUAAAAGGUUUCAAUUAGGAUAAUUGAGAUAUUUGAGAUCCUAAUUAGGCUUGAUUAUUAGGGAUUUUAUUUUUAUUAUAAAUAUUUCUAAAUUAGGUUGAUUCUUUGUGUGUAUUUUCUCAAAAUUUAUAAAAAUCAAUUCAAUUGGAAUAAAAUUAAAAAUUUUUUCCAAAAUUCUUCAGAAGGUAGACCUGCAAGGAAACUCGGUGAUUACAACCAUUUACUCUUGUUGAGCCUAUUCAGUUUUAUAUCUGGGUUAAAUGGCAUCAAAACAUGAAGCUUUUCAUAAGCCUUUUUAAAAUCCAUAAAGUAGUGAGGGUCCUAUCAUGUUUUUCAGCCCAAUGAAAUGUUUUUUACACCUUAUAAAUGCGAGAAAUAUUCCUUUUACCUGAAUAAAAAAACUCUAAAUAAUCCAUCAAUUCCUUAUUAAAUUCACAGUGAUUAGGAAUAAUCAGACAUCAUCCCUCAUCCAAGCUUGUCUUGUAUUAUUAGUUGGAAGAUCCUUGGUGGGAUGAUCAUCUAUUUUGAUACUCUGUAAAUAUAUCCGAACUAUCUUAUUCCAAUCCAAAUAAUUAGAGCCAUCCAAUUUGUGAUCUGUAAUUUUAGUUAUCAUAGUAAUCACAUUGGCUACCACAUUCUUACUUUCAGCCAUUCUUUAAAAUUACCCAAAUGAGUAAACUUAAGUAAAAAAGUUAGCUAAACACAAGUAGAUCAAGGAGAGAACGAAAACUAGAAUAGCAAACAGUAACACAUUUUACUACUAAAUAGUAACAGGUUAGGACCCAUCAUCCAAUAUCAAAUCACCUCCACAAAUCACCCAAAAUGUAAUACAAACCACAGAAAUGGAGAGAAGACUUUGAGGCAAUGCCGGCUGGAGGAGCAACAACAACAGUUGGACACACGUCCACGUGCUCGCGAGUGGUUCAGUGGCAAAAACUAGAUCUGGCGUGUCAGGCACACUCGCUGCUCAGAUGGUGACCAAACUUUCAGGGCAAUAUUGUGGUACCUCCAACAUUGUUCCUAGGUGGGCAGUAAGAUCCAAAUGUCAUUCUAUAAGGGUGACCCAAAAUCACAAUGACAAAAGGUGCCCUAAGUCUCCAAAAGGAAAAAGAAAAAAAACAUAUUUUCUUUUCUACAAGGCUCUAAUACUAUGUAGAGCAUGUAAUUCCGAUGUAUUUCAAAUAUAAAGAGCAUUACAUCUUUAUAUAUAAAAGUUACAAUAGAAAAAGGAAAGAGAAUUCUUAAAAUCAAGUCUAAGAUUGGGUCUAGAAUCAAGCCUAAUGAAUAUAUAAUAUCUACUAUAUCUAUGCAUAUUCUAUUUCCUAUAACAACUAGCAAUCCCAACACUUUGCUCCUUUGGCCUUUAUAAAUCUUUGAGUGUUUUUAACUCUUCCUAAGCCAGAUCCCAGGCUCCUUACCAUCAAAAAGCACAAGAUCAAUGUUAGGCAAAGGCGUGGAGUUAUUCCUAUUAGCUAUUGAAGAAAAGACAGUUACCUGUUCCUUCUAUGGCACACUUGGGAAUUCUUUUGGAGUGGCAGAAUCCUUGUGUUUCCAUUCCCUUCUUGAGAACCAGAAGCUUCAUCAUUCUCCUCACAACCUCCUUUGCAUUUCUUCGUCAAGAAUCCAUUUAUUAGGAAUCGCACCUCAUCAAGGAGGAGCUUUCUAUUAUCCUCCAUUUUCUGCCUCACCUUAGAUCUAAUUUACGAUAUGAUUUCUCCCAUUGCCCUGUCAAUGUAACCUUGGAAAUUUGGACUCUGCUCCUUAAUUUAUCCACUCAAAUAGUUCUUGACUCACUACCACACUCGUCAUAUGUGACACCUACUAGAAAGAAUGGAUGCAAAGCCCACCAAAUGAAAGAGCUUUUAUACCAAUAUGUUAGUAGUAGCCGCCCUUGGACUAGGGUUCGUACUAAAGAGUAAAAGGGAUUAAUAGAAGGAGAGAGAAUAAUCUAGAUGAGAAAGGGAGAGAGAGAAUAGAAGAGAAUGUUGAGACAAAAUAGUUGAUUUGCUAUUAGAAUUCUUGAAUGCCUUUGCUGUUACAGGUAUUCUUUACUUAUAGAAUUCCGAUACAAUAACUGUUAUCUCAAACAGGUCUACAUCUUCAGCUGCUAACUUCUUCCCCUUCAAUUACUAUCUUCUAGAUCCAACAUCUCUGCUUUUCCACGUCUUCUACUGACAUAUUUUAAACGGAGUAAUGCUAAUGUUCCACUGUGGGAUAAAAUUGUGACAUGCAAGUCUUACAUCUGCUCUUCUUAUUUCAUUGCAAGGUGAAGCAAUAAAGUGAGAUCCCAAGAUGCGACUCUUAGUAAUUUUGUUAAAG